GCGAGAGAGGUGAAGAUGGACGCUGUUAGUAAGCGGGAAGACAUUCUUCUUUUGGAAGAUGAAAAAUUUGACUUCGAUCUUUCCUUGUCUUCUUCAAGUGCAAAUGAAGACGAUGAAGUCUUUUUUGGGCCAGUUGGACAUAAAGAAAGAUGCAUCGCUGCCAGCUUAGACUUCAGCGGCCAGGUUCCCGAGCAGACGCUUGCUGCAGCCCCUGGCAGCCCUUGUACCUGGAGCCCUCUCACUGGGGAGAAGUUUGUAGAGGUGUACAAAGAAGCCCACUUAUUGGCCUUACAGAUUGAAAGCCACAGCCGAAGAGAGGUGGCCCAGGCUGCCAAGCCCAAACAGCCUGUGAACCAGGGCGUGGAAAGAUUUGUGCAGAACUCACAGUUAAAAAUCAGCCUCUUUGAAAAAGAGCAGAAGAAGGAAAAAAGCCCCAUGUCACUGAAAAGAGAGACAUUCUGCCUGCCAUCUUCAGGGGCGCAGCCUCUCUUGGGGGAGCCCCAGCUGCCGGCUUCUCCAGCCCUGCUCGGCUCCCCUGUCCCAGCUGGUCCUGUUCAGACCCAGAGUGACCAGGGUCUGUCCUGCUCCUCUCAGCCACUGCCAGGGGAGUCAAAGACCUCCCAACCUCCAAAUCAGCCUGGGCCUCAGAGGAGGAUCUCCAGCAAGCUACAGCCACCCCGAUCUUUGCCUGUGAGAGGACGACAUCCUCAUCUGGCCACGGAGAAGCUCAGAAAAGAGGUGCCGGCUGGUCUUCAGAGAAUGCAACUGCUGAAUGAAAAGGGAUCCCAGAGUGAUGUACUCCUGGACAAACCCAGCACUGCUCCAGAUGCAGCCAGUAGAGGGAGCCGCCCAGGCAAGCGAUCCCUCCCUGUUCCUAGCAAGUUGGGCCUGAAGAAGACCUUGUUAAAACCACCAGGCUGUACUGGCAGUCUCACAAGGAAAUCCUCUGCCUCAGGGUCUGCUUCAAGCAUCAUGUCUGGUGCCUGUGUGUCUCCAGCAGGAAGCAAAGCGAAGUCCAGCGAUCUUUCAAACAUUCCCGCUAGCAGCUCUCGGCCUCUGCCCAACACCAGCAAACCGGGCAAAAUAGGCCCCGCCACUCUGCACCAGGCUCCGCCAACAGCCCCUGCCAGGGGAUCUUUCAGACAAGCCAGAAGGGCUAAUGCUGCCCAGACAAUGGCAGAGCAGCCCAAGGCCUCCUUCCUGAAUCCUGUCAGCCAAACACCCCAGACUCCAGAACAGAGAGGACCGAGACUGGACCCUGACACCCUGGCAUCGUCUCAGUUGAAUAAAACUGGCAGUGUAAAACGGCGGGACUCGAAUCUGAACCGCAAGCCAGAGGCUGCAUCUACCCCUCCAAACCCAUUUAAAGUCCCCCAGUUUUCUGUUGGCGAGUCAGCUGAUGGUGUGACCCCGAAGUUCUCGAGGACACAUCAGCUGCAGUCCUGGACACCAGCUAGCAGGGUCCUCAGCAGCACUCCUGUGCGACGUUCAUCGGGGCCCACUUCACAAGGGCUGCCCAGCAGUAUGAGGACUCCUGUGAGCACAAGGCGGAUGUCAGCAUUGCCCACACCUGCCAGUCGGCGCCUCUCUGGCCUUCCAUUAAUGACACCUCAGUCCAUGCCCAGGGCUCUGGCAUCCCCACUGUGUGUGCCUGCCCGGCGGCUUUCUUCUGAGCCCAGGAGAAGAUCUACAGUCAGAGCGGAGCCAACCCAGGAGAAGCCGACCCAGGAGAGCAGCGGCAGUGCCAGUGGUGGGCAGGGCCAAGGCCUGUCCGCAGAUGAGAGCCCUUCCCCUCCGUCCUCCGUGCCUCACGCACUUGACUUUUCUCCAGAGAAGAGUGACUUUCCCCCUCCCCAAGGCUCCAGCACAGGGGCAGCUCAGGGCGAAGCAGAGCCUCAUGAAGACAGGGCCCCCAGCGAGGGUCUUCUCCUGGACAUCAAGCUGGACCAGCUCACCAUCACUCCUGAAGCAGGGGGCAAAGACCUGGAGGAGCGCCCUCUCAUUGACUUCAGCAACACCCCCGAGUCUAACAUGGCUUUGGGACCCAGCAGCUGGCCCCUGAUCGACCUUGUAAUGAAUACUCCAGACAUGGACAGAAAUGGUGUGGGGAAACCUCCAAAGGCUAAGCUUGGGCAGCUGAUCGACCUGGGCUCCCCGCUGAUCCAGCUGAGCCCUGACGCUGACAAAGAAAAUGUGGACUCACCCCUUCUCAAGUUCUGA